AUGGAUAUUUUUCUUCUUUCUGAGCGCAUUUGCUCAACACCACCAUCACUUUUGGCGACACCACGAUUUCGAGUUUCAUCCGUUUCACGCAAAAGAGGCCGGGUCUGGGAUGCUAUCUCGAGUGUUGAGAGAUGGUUCAAUGCGACUUAUCAAGGAUUUCCUUUUGAUUUCUUCAAAGAUGUGCUCACAUCGGUGAAAAUCUCUCGCAAUUCAGCUUUCGCCGCUCUGGUGGCCGAGGAGGUGGCACGGAGGGCGAAUGGAAAUCGAAUUUCGAAAGGCGACGCUGAAGAGCUGCGCAAGAUUUGCCCACAACGGAAAUUUCAGUGUGCACCCGGGAGAUUUCGGACCCCAGCUGGUGGCUGCAAUAAUGUAGGUCAUCCAGAAUGGGGCGCUUCACUCGAACCAUUUCUCCGUGUGUUGCCACCGAAUUACGACGAUGGCUUGAGUGCUGCUCGACAAAAACGUCUCCCAGAUCCAUUCCUGGUCGUGAAUCAACUCGAAAAGCUUUCUUCACCUAAAUCUCUUCCGAUCAGCCGUCUUUUCGCGGAAUUUCUCUCGCUUGUCUUCGACGAUAUCUCUAGAAGAGCUCCAUAUACAAAUGAGAAUUUGAUGGGUUCUUCGAGUUGCUGUAGCGAUUCUCCUGAAUGUAUUCAUUCAACAAAAGAUGAUAUGAUUCCCUCAUGUUCUUCAUACUCUCGAAGUCUUGCAAUUCCCUCAAAAGAUUGUCAUCCGAUCGAAAGAGAACAAGUGAAUAUGGUGAGCGGAUAUCUUGAUGCGAGCACAAUCUAUGGGAAUUCUCUUGCCGAAAUGCACACAAAGAGGACUUUUGUGGAAGGUCAAAUCAAAUUAAGCCUUCAUCAAAUGGUAAUGCUGAAAAAUGUCUUUGCAAAAGCACACAAUAAGAUUGCCAGCGAGUUGUUGAGAAUCAACCCAAGUUGGACGGAUGAGAGACUGUUCGAAGAGUCACGGAAAAUCAUCGGCGCUCUUCUUCAACACCUCACAUACAACGAAAUGUUGCCGCUUCUCUUAGGCAGAGAAAUAGCUUCUAAGGGAAUUUUCAUCGGAAGAGAUCAUGGAUUACCCUCUUAUGAUUCAUGGAGAAAUGAGUGUGGUUUGAAAAAGAUUUCUCAUUUUGUUGAUUUCUCCGAUGAAUUCAUUUCACCCCAUCGAUCGAUCAACUCUCUCAAAAAUUUGUAUCACAAAAUUGAUUGUAAGAAAGAAAAUAGUCUUCUUUGUUUAAGCGAAGAGGUGGCUUUUGUACAACCAUCGGCUUUUCUUCUAUCCGAUCAUUUUGACAAUGCUCCUCUUCAUUGCAAUCUUUCAAGUACAAUCAUUGAUUUGAGCUUUUGGAAAGAGGAUGAACUGCAUCGAGAGGUUUCGUUACCCAGUUCAUCGUGUCGAAAAGUGUUUGAUGAGGCCGAGAAAGAGAUUCGACAAAGAGAUCAUCGAAUCGCUGAAAAGACAUUCAACUUGUCACCGCAAAUCUCACUUUACGGUCGCUUCACGCGACCCAAAUCGGAAGCGAUUGCGGUGUCUCGAGUGAGCCGACUCUUGCUACAGUGUGUGGAUACGGUGUUGCCUUGCGAUCCGACGACCGCUUAUCGAUCAUUUUCUGGCUGGUGCAACAAUCUCCGUCAGCCUCACUAUGGAAACGCGUUUCGACCGAUGCGACGACUUUUACCACCCGCUUAUGAUGAUGGAUUCGAUGAGCCACGAUGGAGAUCAACCCAGGGUCAUCCCUUGCCAAACGCACGACAAAUCUCGAAUCGAAUGUUUCGAGAGAACUCAAAUGAACACCAAAAGUUCACGCAUAUGUUGAUGCAAUUUGGUCAGUUCAUCAACCAUGACAUCACGCAUGCACCAUCAGCGACAGCGCCCGAUGGAAGUACGCUCGAUUGUGAGCCGUGUGACUCGAGAGAGACUGUCUCUGAAGACUGUAUCCCGAUUGCGAUCCCACCCGAUGACCCGUUUUUUCCAUCGAUCGAGAACGGACGGCCGAAAUGUCUCCCUGUGACUCGAACCUUACCCGGACAGACCACUCUUGGAUACAGGAAUCAAAUCACUCAAAUAACAUCUUUCCUGGACGCUUCGCAGAUCUAUGGCUCAACGAAAUGCGAAGCGGAUCGACUGCGCUCGUUUUUUGGAGGGAAACUCAACGCGUUCAAAACUCAUGGAAAAAGAGAUUUCCCGCCACCAAAUCCCGACGAUCCUGACUGUCAAUCGGGCCGGGAAUUCCCUUGCUUUAGAGCAGGUGAUGAUCGUAACUCUCAAGUGCCCACCCUGGCCUCGUUGCACACAAUAUUUUUGCGAGAGCACAACAGAAUCGCCGACGAGUUGUCACAAAGAAAUGCUCACUGGGGUGACGAGAAGAUCUAUCAAGAAACUCGUCGCAUCAUCGGCGCUCUCCUUCAAAGCAUCAUCUUCCGCGAGUUUCUCCCGAAAAUCCUCGGCCAUAAACAAAUGCGAAAAUACGCGUUGAAUGCGGAGAAAAGCGGACAUUUCAAAAAUUACGACGAUUCAUGCGACGCUUCUGUGUCUCAUCCUUUUGCCACAGCCGCCUACCGUUUUGGGCACUCAAUGGUCAAAAGAUUUUUCCAUCGACUCGAUGCUGACUUUCACAAUCGGAGUUCGCCUGUCGACAUCGCCGAGAAUUUCAACUCAGUACAAGAGAUUUUCAACUUUAAAGCAGGUGGCUUGGACUCGUUGGUGUUGGGUUUGGUGGGUUCGUCGGCGAUGCAAAUGGACAGACAUGUCAGCGACGGGGUUCGCAAUCAUCUCUUCGCCAAGCGAGGGAAUCCAACUUCCGGUAUGGACUUGCCAGCAAUUAAUAUACAACGAGGAAGAGAUCAUGGGGUGAAUCCGUACAAUGAUCACAGAGAACUCUGUGGCCUAAAGCGAGUGACCGAAUUCGCCGAGCUCUCCAAUGAGGUCGAUCCAUCGACGAUCGAUGCUCUUUCGAGUGUCUAUGAAUCAGUCGACGAUAUAGAUCUUUUCGCCGGGAUUCUGUCAGAGCGUCGAAUUCAAGGAGCACUAAUCGGUCCAACCGCUUCUUGUCUUAUCGCCGAGCAAUUCGCCCGUCUGAAGCGAUGCGAUCGUUUCUAUUUCGAGAACGAUCUACCGUAUACGAGAUUCAGCUUGGCUCAAUUGUCAUCGAUUCGCUCGAUCAGCCUCUCAUCGAUUAUCUGCUUGAACUCAAAGGUACAACGUCUGCAACCCGAUCUUUUCGCGAUUUCUGAUGAAAUUAGCAAUCAUCCUCUCACUUGUUCUUCUUAUCGACCAAUCAAUUUGGAUCCAUGGAUUGAGAAUCAAGACUGUGAAAUGGGAAAGAGGUUUCAACCAUCGCCGUGCACGAGUUGUAUUUGUACGAAAGAGGGGCGUCAAUGUCAAUCACUAAGCGUCACGAAUUGUGGCCAACUUUUGAGAGAUUUCGGGUCGCGAAUCGCUUUCGAGGACAUCGCUUGUCGUGUUCAAUGCGGUCUUAAAAAUCGUGAU